AUGUGGCAGGUAUUUACUCUCAAUGUCCCGGAUGCAUUCUACCGCUGCUACAGCCCGACUCUGGAGAAGACAAAGGAUAAAGACACUGUGAUGCACGUAAUGGCCGAACAAAUCGUUACCUUAUGUGCCACGCUGGAUGAGAAUCCAGGAGUACGAUACAAAAGUGGACCAUCUGAUAAAGCCAGCAAACUUGCACAGCUUGUUGAAAAUAGUCUUGAAUACUACUACAAAACUGAUGAGAAAAGCCAAAUAAAGGGUAAAACUCACUCUCAACUCAUAAUAAUUGAUCGUGGCUUUGACCCAGUCUCGACUGUACUUCAUGAACUCACCUACCAGGCAAUGGCAUAUGAUCUGCUGCCAAUUGAAAAUGAUACUUACAAAUACAAAACAGAUGGGCUUGCUGGGAGUGAACGGGAGGCAAUUCUGGAGGAAGAUGAUGAGCUCUGGGUGAAGAUUCGGCACAAGCAUAUUGCAGAAGUGAUAGAGGAAAUACCAAAACUGUUGAAAGAAGUUUCAUCAAAAAGAAAAGUAACAGAAGGAAAAUUAUCAAUAUCUGCUCUGACUCAGUUAAUGAAAAAGAUGCCUCACUAUCGCAAAGAGAUUAGUAGGCAAGUUGUUCAUCUUAACAUAGCAGAAGAUUGCAUGAACAAGUUCAAAUCUAACAUAGAAAGGCUCUGUAAAACUGAACAGGACUUGGCUCUUGGAACCGAUGCAGAAGGUCAAAAAGUGAAAGACUUGAUGAGAGUCCUCCUUCCAGUUCUGCUCAACAAAAGUCAUGACAGCUAUGACAAAAUCAGAGCUAUUCUCCUAUAUAUCUUUAGCACAAACGGAACUACCCAGGAGAACUUGGAGAAGCUGAUCCAGAAUGUACACAUAGAAAGCGAUAGUGAUAUGAUAAGAAAUUGGAAAUACCUGGGCGUGCCUGUUAUCUCUUCCCCCACUGCUCAGCAGCAUAAAUACCCGAGAAGGGACCGUUCUUCAGAGGAAACUUACCAACUUUCUAGGUGGACACCUGUUAUCAAAGAUGUUAUGGAGGAUGCUAUAGAAAACAAAAUAGAUGCAAAAGACUGGCCUUAUUGUUCCCAGUGUCCUCCUACCUGGAAUGGUGCACGAGCAGUAAGCGCGCGGCAGAAGCCCCGGGCCAGCUGCCGGGAGGAGCGGAGGGGCGGCGCCAGGCUGAUCCUCUUCGUCAUCGGGGGGAUCACGCAUUCCGAGAUGCGCUGUGCCUACGAGGUGUCUCAAGCCUACAAGUCCUGUGAAGUUUUUAUUGGUUCUACUCAUAUUUUGACACCUAAAAGACUACUGGAUGAUGUGAAGAGCCUUAGUAAACCAAAGGAUAUGGUCUGCCUUAAGGAUGAAUAG